AUGCGACUGACUGUUUUAUUCGGAUCUUCAGGCCCAGUCGUUCGCGUUGGCCCCAACGAGGUUGAUAUCAGCGACCAUACCGCCGCGAAGGAGAUUCAUAGGGUCGGAAGCAACUUCAUGAAAUCAGAGUUCUAUCGCCACUUAACUCGAUAUGACAUCCAGAAUUUGUUCAACUCGAGUGAUCCUAAAUUCCACGGCGAGCGACGAAGACUGCUCUCGUCACCCCUGUCCGCCUCGUCCUUGAGACGGAUGGAGCCCUUGAUCGAAACACGUGUCCGCCUCGCUAUUCGCAGGAUUCAGGAAGAAAUGGAAGCAAGGGGUACGGUUGACGUGUAUAAGUGGUGGAUCUUUAUGGCCACUGAUGUUAUUGGGCAAUUGUGUUUUGGAGAUUCCUUUCAUAUGUUGGAACAUGGAAAGAAGAACCAGUAUUCUAUGGACCUCGAAUCAGUGUCCGCCAUGGAAGCAGUUAGGGUUGCCUUCCCACGCAUGGUCAGCCUAGCCAGCGUGUUCCCGUUACCAAUCUUCCGGAAUUCUGCUGAAGCCGGACAUCGCAUGGAGCAAUAUGCGAAUCAGUCAGUCCAGCGUUAUAAGAAGUUGAUCGCCACUGACCCAAACCCGAAGCCAAUACUCUUUGCGCGAUUAUUUGGAGGCGGAAAUGAAGGCCUUCCUGAAGCCGAGAUCGUCAACGAGGCCAUUAGCUUUAUCAUUGCUGGGAGCGAUACCACGGCAACUACCAUGACCUACCUUGUGUGGGAGGUCUGUCGGAACCCUCAUAUCAAAAGAACUUUGUUAACAGAGCUGUCUGGUGUCCAAGAGCAUUAUCAUCAUGAUGAUCUCAGGCUAUUGCCAUAUCUGAACCAGGUCAUCACGGAGACCUUGCGUCUUUAUACAGGUGUUCCGUCUGGGCUGCCUCGUGUCUCACAACAUGGAGCUACGCUCUGUGGAUAUUGGAUUCCAGCUGGCGUGACUGUCACCACACAGGCGUAUAGUGUUCACAGGAAUCCUAGCAUUUUCACUAAUCCAGAGAGUAUCGGAGAGGCUAAUGAUAGCAGAUUCGAUCCAUCCCGCUGGGAGAACCCUACUAAGGAGAUGAAAGAUGCAUUCAUGCCUUUUGGUGGCGGCUCUCGCUCCUGUAUCGGUAUGCAUCUGGCGCAAGCUGAGCUCCGGCUUGCAACUGCUGAGUUCUUCCGCGCGUUUCCUAAGGCAAGUGUUCCAACCUUGGAAGGCAUGGACGCGGAGGAUAUGGACCAGGUAGCUUAUUUCCUAAUGUCGCCGAAAAAUAAGCGCUGUUUGCUACAGGCGUGGUAG